CCGGGCCCGGAGGCCGGGCGGGGCCCCGGAGCGGGAAGGGGGAGGGGCUCGUUCCUCUCCUCCGCCGGCGCCCCACGCUCUGCUGGCAGCCCCCAAAGCCCCGGCGCGUCGCCUGGUGGAUUGCCCCUUCCGCACUCUCUUCGUCCCGUCCGCAGCUCUGCCUCUCUUGUAUGUUUGCGGAGCAAGGAAGGGGUGGGGUUGGCGAAGAAUGCGCCCUCUGACCCCACGUCUUCAGGACAGGAGACUCACUUCGCCCCAUCUGAAGUCCAUAUGGCUCUGUAUGAUGAAGACCUCCUGAAAAAUCCUUUCUAUCUGGCUCUUCAAAAGUGGCGUCCUGACUUGUGCAACAAGGUGGCCCAAGCCCAUGGCAUCGUCUUAGUACCCUGCAAGGGAAGCCUGGCGAGCAGCAUCCAGUCUACUUGUCAGUUUGAGUCCUACGUUUUGAUUCCGGUGGAAGAACACUUUCAGACCUUAAACGGAAAGGAUGUCUUUAUCCAAGGAAACCGGAUUAAACUAGGAACUGGUUUCACGUGUCUUCUCUCCGUGCCCAUUCUCUUUGAAGAAACUUUCUACAAUGAAAAAGAAGAGAGUUUCAGCAUAUUAUGCAUAGCCCAUCCCUUGGAAAAGAGAGAGAGUUCAGAAGAGCCUUCAACAUCCUCAGAUCCCUUUUCGCUGAAAACCAUCGAAGACGUGAGAGAGUUUUUGGGAAGGCACGCGGAGAGAUUCGACAGAAACAUCGCCUCUUUCCAGCGAACGUUCAGAGAGUGUGAAAGGAAGAGCCUCCGUCACCACAUAGACUCCGUGAAUGCUCUCUAUACCAAAUGCCUCCAGCAGCUGUUGAGGGACUCCCACCUGAAAGUGCUCGCCAAGCAGGAGGCCCAGAUGAACCUGAUGAAGCAGGCCGUGGAGAUGUACGUCCAGCACGAUAUCUACGACCUCGUCUUUAAAUACGUGGGCACCAUGGAGGCCAGCGAGGAUGCUGCCUUUAACAAAAUCACGAGAAGCCUUCAAGAUCUUCAGCAGAAAGACAUCGGUGUGAAACCCGAGUUCAGCUUCAACAUCCCUCGUGCAAAGAGGGAACUGGCUCAGCUGAACAGAUGCAGCUCUCCACAGCAGAAGCUGGCUUGUUUGCGGAAGGUGGUGCAGCUGAUCACCCAGUCUCCCAGCCAGAGAGUUAACUUGGAGACCAUGUGUGCUGAUGAUCUGCUGUCCGUCCUUUUAUAUUUGCUUGUGAAAACAGAGAUCCCUAAUUGGAUGGCAAAUUUGAGUUAUAUCAAAAACUUCCGAUUCAGCAGCUCAGCCAAGGAUGAGCUGGGAUACUGCCUGACCUCCAUUGAGGCUGCAAUCGAAUAUAUUCGCCAGGGCAGCCUCUCCGUUAAGCCACCGGAGUCUGAGGGAUUUGGUGACAGACUGUUCCUUAAGCAGAGAAUGAGCUUACUGUCUCAGAUGACAUCAACGCCCAUUGACUGCCUCUUUCAGCACAUCGCAUCAGGUAACCAGAAAGAAGUGGAAAGACUUCUGAGCCAGGAAGACCAAGACAAAGAUGACGUCCAAAAGAUGUGCCACCCUCUGUGCUUCUGUGAUGACUGUGAGAAACUCGUCUCCGGGAGGCUGAACGACCCCUCGGUUGUCACGCCCUUCUCCAGAGACGACAGAGGUCAUACACCGCUCCACGUGGCUGCCCUCUGUGGGCAGGCGUCCCUCAUCGACUUUCUGGUGUCCAAGGGCGCGGUGGUGAACGCCACGGACUACCACGGCUCCAGCCCACUGCACCUGGCCUGUCAGAAGGGCUACCAGAGCGUGACGCUGCUGCUGCUGCACUACAAAGCCAAUGCCCAAGUGCAAGACAACAACGGCAACACUCCUUUGCACCUGGCCUGCACAUACGGCCACGAAGACUGUGUGAAGGCUCUGGUCUACUACGACGUGCAGUCCUGCAGACUGGAUAUCGGUAACGAGAAAGGCGACACCCCCCUGCACAUCGCCGCACGCUGGGGUUACCAGGGCAUCAUAGAGACCUUGCUGCAGAACGGAGCAUCCACGGAGAUCCAGAACAGGCUGAAGGAGACGCCCCUCCAGUGCGCGUUAAACUCGAAGAUCCUGUCCGUAAUGGAAGCCCAUCAGCUGUCCUUCGAGAAGAGGCAGAAGUCUUCAGAGGCUCCCCGGCUGCAGGUACCUGCGCGGCCCCCUCAGGGCUCCACGGACUCCAGCAACCAGGGCUCCCCGGCCUCCGGCUUCUCCUCCACGUCGCUGAGCUCCAGACGAGAAGAGCCCAAGAAGGACUACAGGGAGGUAGAAAAACUUUUAAGAGCGGUUGCUGAUGGAGAUCUAGAGAUGGUGCGUUACCUGCUGGAGUGGACGGAGGAGGACCUGGAUGAAGCGGAGGACGCCGCCAUUGGGGCGGCAGAACUUGAAUUUUGUCACCCCCUGUGCCAGUGUCCCAAAUGUGCUCCAGCUCAAAAGAAGCUGGCAAAGAUUCCUGCCAGUGGCCUUAGUGUGAAUGUGACCAACCAGGAUGGCUCCUCGCCCCUGCACAUUGCUGCCCUCCACGGUCGGGCGGACCUCCUCCUCCUCCUCCUGAAGCACGGUGCCAGUGUGGGGGCCAGAGAUGCAAACCAAGCCGUCCCCCUCCACCUGGCCUGCCAGAAGGGCCACUUCCAGGUGGUGAAGUGUCUAUUAGCCUCUAAUGCAAAACCCAAUAAAAAGGAUCUAAGUGGAAACACACCCCUCAUUUAUGCCUGUUCCAGAGGCCACCACGAGGUCGCGGCACUAUUGCUGCAGCACGGGGCCUCCAUUAACACUUCUAACAACAAGGGCAACACAGCCCUGCACGAGGCUGUGAUAGAAAAGCACGUCUUCGUGGUGGAGCUGCUUCUGCUUCACGGAGCAUCAGUUCAGGUCCUGAACAAGAGGCAGUGCACAGCUAUCGACUGUGCUGAACAGAAUUCAAAAAUAAUGGAAUUGCUUCAGGUAGUUCCAAGCUGUGUGGCCACAUUAGAUGACGUCAGUGAAACAGACCGCAAGGAGUAUGUUACUGUCAAGAUCAGGAAAAAGUGGAACUCAAAAAUGUCUGAUCUGCCAGAUGAACCUUUCACAAGACAGUUUUACUUUGUCCAUUCAGUUGGUCAGUUUAAGGGAAGGACUGCAAGGGAGUUUAUGGCAAAAGAUAAAAGUGUCCCUAAUUUUACUGAAGAUUCUUUGCAUGAGGCAGGGUGGCAGAGAGUCACACGGAAGCAGAAUAACCUGCCAGACCAGAGCAGACCUCUGCGUGCUGACAAAGGGAAUGAUGAUCAGCCGUCGUCGUCGUCGUCGUCAGAGAGGCCUGGGCGGAGACAGAAGACCCCCAGAAGCAGGAGAAUGCUCCGUAGACACACAGUUGAUGAUGCAGUUGUAUCCAAGGGCCCGGAGACUGCCAGCAACCUGAUCGCUCCCCAAGAGGCUAGCAUUUCCCAGUCUUAACAGUAAUAGGAGUUAUUUACUGCCAAGACGCCAGUCCUCCACAAGAUGCUGAGCAUGAAUGCAGCUUAGAACUCAGUGUACUAUUUGGCUUGAGAGAAAGGCAGAAAGGCCCUGCAAGCUUUUCUGUGGCUGAUGGAAAGAACGCAGCAACAGAAAGUCAUCAGCAUCCCCUUCCUCUUCAAAGCUAAUGAAUGCACUUGCAAAGGAGUGGAAAAAAAUUCCAGUUGUGUCCAGACCCUAGGACCAGGGUGUAUGCUUUAAGUAUUAAGUACAGUGAGAGGUUUCAUCACCAGACUCUGACCUCCUCCUAACGAAAGGUGCUAAACCUCUGCGAUGUGUAUAAACUAGCAAACCACAGCUAAAAGACUAUCUCCCUUUGGGAGGAGCUGAAGAGAAGCAGUUUAAAUUUCACGGUACUGUGGAGGCCGGGGGAAAAUGCUGGGUUUGAGUGAAGAAAUACAGGACCCGAAAAUGUUCCUUUGCAAGCAACACUUUAACCCAAAGAUGCCUAAAUGCCAUUUUGAUGUUCAUUUUAGUGAAAAGGACACAUAUAUGUUCGACACUGUGUAUGUAUGUGGGGAAAGCUGGGUAUGAUUUUUCCUAAAAGAAAAUUCAGAUAAUGGAUCACCACACAUAGGCCCCUGCAGCAGUGUCUCCAGAAACAUCCCUUUCCAUUAAGAGCCUCCCUUAAAUGUCACACCUAAUGGAUGGUUACUGAACUAGAGAGUAGAUUUGGCACAUCUUUUUUGUCUUUUGAUUCAGAUUCAAAACUUACAGCACAAACCAGGUCAAAAUUACUUUAGGUUAGAAUUUAUUGCCAUUUAUUCCUUUUUAUAUAAAUUUCUAUAGAUUAUACUCUUAUUUUUUUAUGUUAUUAACUGGUCUAGAGUUGCAAACAUGGGUUUGUCUGGAGUACAUUUUCAAAUAACUUUGUAACAGAGAAAUGGUUUUGUGCAUGUUCUUGGAAGUACUUAUGUACAGAAGGGAGGGACUGAUUAUUUUUCUACAAAGUAAUUUAUGAUUUUUAAUUUUCUAAUGUGCCUUGGAUAUGUGCCAAAUGAUGGAGAAGAAACAGUAAAUUCUAUGAUUCUUGA